UUUUCGAAAAAUCAAUUCAGCAGGAUGUCUAAAGUUUAAUUGUGCAGAAGGUUGAAUUCAAAGUUACGAUGAAAAUUGUUACGGUUACUACACUGUGGAUCACCGCGUUGGCGUUGGUACUCCUGGGCGAGGAAGUUUCCAGUUUACCAUUUACAUCGAAUAUAAUUUGCCCCACAGGUAGUUCGUUGGAAAACAACCAAUGCGUACAGCGCCAAACGUACUGUCCGGACCGGUAUCAGCUGGUCGGUUCAAUGUGUGUCGGCCAAAGUGUGUGUCCUCCCGGAUAUACAAUGUUAUCGGAUGGAAUGUGUCAUCGGCCACAGUUGACCGGAUGCCAACCGAAAACUACCAGCCCGAGUUGCGCUACUGGCUUCACGCUAGUUGGUAACCGGUGCGAACGGUAUGAAAUUCGAGACCCUGAAAUACAAACGAAGAGCUCAGCGAUCACUGCUCCGUUCACCUGUCCGAGUAAGAAAUACAUUUUGAGCCGGGACAAGUGCAUUAUUCACCAUCGCGAGCAACCAACGUGCACUCGGGGUAAUUUCCGGGUAGGAGACUGCGUAAUCGAGGCAGUUUGUGCAAAUGGAUUCACGAUGGACGAUUAUGGUCGAUGUGUUAAAGUGUUGGUAGCACCCACAUCUUGCCCCAACGGGACAAUUUUUUCGGAAGGAGUUUGCCAAUACUCUAAUCCAGGAUGUCCGACCAACUAUAAUCUGAUCGGGGGACAAUGUAUGUUAGAGCAAACUGUUCCGGUGAGAUGUGAGCAGGGGUCGAAAUUGGUUAAUAACCAUUGUGUCGUAACUGAACCAACAUGUCCUAGUGGAUUCGAGCGUGUUAUGAACCAGUGUGUUCAAACACGACGUGCCGAAGCGAAGUGUCCGAGUGGAAGUAUUAUGCGUAAUAAAGUUUGCGUUGCGCAGGAUAUAAAAUGUUCAUCCGGUUAUGAGUUUCGUGAAGGUAAUUGUGUACUAGAAGAGCGAAUACCAGUUAGGUGUCCAAUGAAUUCUGCAAUCGACGGCGAGUUGUGUGUGUCGCGUCAACCACUUUGCAGCAAUGGUUAUGACUAUGAUCAACGGUAUGGACAAUGUGUUAAGCAUGAUAAACGGCCAGCAAUUUGUGAAAGUGGAUUCACGCUGCGAGGUGUUCUCUGUGUAGCGAAUACGACCGGCUGCAGCGAAGGGUAUGCCUUAGAUAGCGGCGAAUGUAUGCGAGAAGAGCAACGCUCCGGACGGUGUCCUGCCGGCAGUCGUUUGCAGAACGGGCUGUGCGUACAUUCUGAACCAGUUUGUGAGUUUGGUUACGAACUGUCUGAAGGUACCUGUUUGAAAUACAACAAACGAGACCCAAUUUGUCCCGCGGGUUCAUACUACAAAGAAGGCUAUUGUCGUCUCAAUAACGUUGGUUGUCGGCCGGGUUUCCAACUCAGAGAUUCCCAGUGUGUUAGAGAGAGCUCCGCCAAACCAGUUUGCCCUGAUGGAUUCACUUUGAGCCGAGGACACUGUUUGUCACAGCCUAGAUGCGACGAUGGUUUCACUCUGGAGAAAGGAUUUUGCAGGAACCAAGUUGUUGGCUCGAUAACGUGUCCUCCGAACUCUCUUUUCCAGAACGGAUUAUGUGUAAGUGACGAAGUGGAAUGUCUAGCUGGUUUUGAAUUGCAAAACGGUAACUGUGUUCAAAUCAAUGAAGUGAGUACGACAUGUCCGCCCGAAGCUCUUUCCGAGGACGGACGUUGUGUAGUAAAAAGACCACCUACUUGCCCCCUGGGAGCAACAAUUGUUAAUGGUGAAUGUCGUAUUCAUGACACAAGACCACCGAGUUGUCCUGCUGGAUAUUUUUACCAGAAUGGCGUAUGCCGUGGCAUGGCACCAGCUCCGAUAAUGCCGUCUCCAUGUGCUACCGGGUGCAUGCAACCACAAUUCCCUACUGGUUGCGGUUCAAAUUAUAUGUGCAGCGCUCAACAAACGUGUGGGUCAUGCUGGCAGCAAGGUUAUCCUCAGUACCAACAACUUACCGCAUCACCAGUUUGUCAACCAGGAUAUACAGCAGCCAACUCGAUGUGCACCAUGUCAUACUCUAUGCCAAUGCAAUGCCCAUCUGGUUUCGUUCUGGAGAAUAAUGAAUGUGUCCAAAACUAUCCAAUGACUUGUGAAUCCGGAUCGACAUUAGAAAACGGCCGUUGCGUUCGUCGAGAGUCGAUGCUAGGAAAUUGCCGUCCAGGAUUCCAAAUGAGGAACAACCGUUGCGUCUACAUGCAUCCUGAAUGUAGUUCAGGCUAUCGUCUCAUUGAUGGAAAAUGUGUUAAAAUACUUGAAAAAUUAACCAACUGCCCACCCAAUAGUAAGAUGCUUAGAAACUUCUGUGCUGCUCAGCCAGUUUGCCCGCCUGGCUUGAAGUUGCGAGAUAACGUUUGUUAUCAAGUGGAGUACGAUGUGCCACGUUGCCCAGCAGGUUACAUAAUUGAAGGUGAUUACUGUGUGGCGGCAUUCCAGUGCCCUGAAGGGUAUAGAUUUGAUAAUCAUAUGUGCGUUCAGGCUGAGCAAAUGUCUGUACAAUGUCCAUCCAGCACGAGACAGAUUGAUAACUAUUGCGUUGUAUCUGGUCCAAUAUGUGAUUCUGGCUUUGAGAUGAAAAACGGAGUAUGUAUGAAGGUAUAUCGACAGCCUGUAACCUGUCCAGCGAACAGUCGGUAUCAGCAAGGGGUUUGCAUUACUUCUCCUAGAUGUCCAGUUGGUUUUCAAAUGAUAUCUGGCCAGUGUUCUCGCUCCGAACAGUUACCCACACAAUGUCCGUCAGAUUUCUUUAUCGAUGUGAAUCGAUGCGUUUCAAAGGACAUCAUCUGUCCGAGCGGUUACCAGAUAGACCGAGGCGAGUGUUUACGGGAAACGUACGAAACUGUGACCUGUCCUGCCGGGUCGACGCUUCGAGAACGGGUUUGCAUUGCGGGACAACCACUCUGUCCCCCUGGGUACAAAGCAGAAAUGAGUAAGUGUGUACAGUACGUUUAUCAAAUGCCACGAUGUCCUCAAGAUACUGUUAUGAGAGAAAACAGCUGUGUGACACAUCCGGUAUGUCCAACCGAUUAUCGUUACAUUAACGGUCAGUGUACGAAGAGCCUUUACGCUCCUGUCAAUUGUAAAUCUGGUACGCAGUUGAGCGGUAGAUGCGUUGCUCCAGGACCAACCUGCCCCUAUAACUACCAGUUUGUAGACAAUCAAUGCGUCAAUAAGGAAGUCACUAAUCCGACAUGCCCAUCGGGAGCCAAACCACAGCAGCAGUAUUGCAUUGUAGACACACCCAAGUGCCCUGCUGGAUUCGAAUACAAAAACUCCAUGUGUUCACGAGCAUCCACGGUAGACGCCAUUUGUCCGAAGGACUCCGUUGUGAAAAACGGUCGUUGCGAAGGCGUACGUUACACUCAAUCGUUCGUUUGCCCAGAAGGUUUUAAUUUAAUGAUCAACAAAUGUCUCAAAACAUACUACAGUUCAGUUACUUGUUCUGCCGGUUACACAAUGGGGGCAAAUGGUCUUUGUGUGGAACCAAUCAACAGUUCUCCUGUUAUUAUCCCACAGGCCCAACCCUGUGGACAAGUAACCUAUGCUGAGUCAGUAAAACCAUUUUUCCCAGAAAACGCUGUGUACUCCCCAACAUACAACAGUCAGUAUACUAAUUUGCAACAAGAAACAUCUACAUCGGCAACGAUAGAUGAAUCACACGACAAAUACGAGACCAACCAGGUCGAAGAUAUAUUCGCUCCAUUCUUUCAAGACAUUCCCAGUUGGAAAACGGUGAAAUAUGACAAUUUACCGACACCAUCCGUAGAAGUUACCGAGCCGUCGAAGGUUCACUUAUUCGUGACGUCAGCUCCUGAAUACAGCAUCUCGCAAACAACGGAGCCCUCCAAGGUGGUAGAAACCUCAGAACCAAUGCUCAGCUGUACGGUGUACACACCGAAGAUUUGCACUUAUGCCGAUGACACAUGGGAAUGCGAUCAAAUUGGGUUCGAAGAUGUGCCAACCCGUUAUUGCCGUGAGGAAGGCGGACGUUUGUACUUGAAACUAAGCAAAACUGAUUACGACGAUGACAAGGGUGUCCUGGUUGUUGCCGCCCAAUCCCAAACUGCGACCGACGAUGAUGAUGACGAUGAGAUGGAGUAUGACGACGAAUUGGAUUGUGCCGGCUGCACCUCUGGGGGAUACGCGUGUUCGAAAGGUUGCUACAAAUACGACUGCGACGAGGAAUGUAACUUGAUUGAUGUGAACGAUUUUUGCGGAGAAAUUCCCAAACCUGCGAAAGGUUGCUACUGGGAUGACGGCUGUCGUGGCGAUAAUUGUAGAGAUUAACUCUGUUCAGAUGGUGUGAUGACAAAUUAGUGGUACGAUACCUUUUUCGACAAUAAAUAGUCUAUUAAACAA